UUGGUCGGUGGCUCGCGCGCGGCUCGGCGAUACUCUGGCGCUCGGUCGACGAACAGUCAGUCGUCCCUGGCCGUUUGAGGGGCACGCAGGAGUUCAAUGAUUACGUGUUGUUGAUUACGUUACUCGUUUUCGUGUCACGCGGUUUAUCGAAUCGUUCACCCCUCGAGGUUAACAACAAUCAGAACCUCUUCUAUCUCUUCCACAAGCCAAUAUACGAUAAACAUAUGUACUGAGUGUGUGUUGAGAGAAAUCAGGCUUUUCUCUCGUUUCUUCCCAUAUUCUACUCGAUCUUCCCGAUUAUAUUUCUACGUAUUUGUACUUGGUCGUACUGUUCCAUUUGGACACAGUCCGCGACUGUACGUCACAGUGUGCUCUAUGUGCAAUCAGUGAGAAAUCAGCCGGUGCUCAAGUUCGGCCCCCGCGUUCACCUCGGUCCCGUCGUCUCGUUCGUUUCCAUACCCUCCUGCCCCCCUCCCCCUCCCUCCCCCGGAUCCUCACGGUUGCUCUCGUCACCUCGAGAGCACCACGGCUACAUUUAUGGGGGCGUCGUGCGCGGUCAAGGGCAGCAAGAGCCACCCCUGUCACUGCUGCAGCCACCUCGCCAGUCCCGGCGCGAGCGUGCAACAGCAGCAGCAUCACCACCACCGCCAUCACCACCAUCAUCACGAGACGCACCACGCGCACCACCAGCACCAUCAUCACCACCACCCCGCCGGGAAGCAACCCUCCGCCGAGCUGCAGCCGCAGAACAACAACGGGGAUUGCAACAUACUGGCACCGCUGCGCAGCAAGAUGAAGGUGUUGAAGAAACUGAAGCGCAAGAUGGGCCUAGCACCAAGAUCAUCUAGUGCAGGCACUAACAAUCUGCCACCACUGACGUUCCAUCAAGUUCAUGGUGAGAACAUCAGACUCUGCAAUGGCGGGACUAUUGCCAGAAGAUACGAAAGUUUUUGUAGAGGCAUCACAUUCAGCGCACGUGCCGUGCGGGUUGGAGAAAAGGUCUGCGUCAAAUUCCUCGAGAUCUCGGACAAUUGGAGCGGCGUGAUCCGUUUCGGUUUCACCAGCAACGACCCGAUCAACCUCAGAAAUGGGCUUCCGAGGUACGCCUGCCCAGACCUGACCAACAAACCCGGUUACUGGGCGAAGGCCAUGGCCGAGAGAUUCGCCGAAAGGGACACGGUGCUCUUCUAUUACGUCACGUCCGCAGGGGACGUGCACUUCGGCAUUAAUGGCGAGGAAAAGGGCGUGUUCUUCAGCGGUGUCGAGACACGGGGCCCAUUAUGGGCCAUCAUCGAUGUGUACGGUAACAGCACAGCGAUCGAGUUCGUCGAUCCUAACAGACAACACUUCAAUAACAUCAGAAGAGGAACCGAGCACAGCAACGAGGAUAACGCGCAACACAGCAGGCAUUCGGCCAUGGACGACGCGAGCAACGCGAGCAGAGAUGUCGAGAGGAUUAUAGUUCCGUCCAUGCAGGGCAUGUCGAUCCAUCACGAGCCCGACGUCGAGCUGCCUGGACUCAGGUUUCAGCCUCCCGGUGUCAUCUUCACGCCGUUACCCUUCCACUCAACUCGAGGCAGAAACAUCCGUUUCAGUAAUCAACAGUGCGUGGCGACAAGGACUGACACGGAAUUCUGUCAUGGCUAUGCAUUCACAAGCCAACCACUGCUGCUAGGCGAACGUUUGGUCGUUCAGAUCUUAGCCACGGAACCGAUGUACGUCGGCGCCCUCGCUCUAGGCCUGACAUCCUGCGAUCCGGCUCGACUCACUCCGGAGGAUCUGCCAGACGACAGCGAUCUUCUAUUGGAUCGUCCAGAGUAUUGGGUAGUCUCCAAACAUGUCGCGUCGAGUCCUCAACCCGGUGACGAAAUAGCCUUCACAGUGACUCACUUUGGAGAGGUCCAAAUGAGCAAAAAUGGCGGACCACCGAACGUAGUGAUGCACGUGGACCAAAGUCUUCAAUUGUGGGCAUUUUUCGACGUAUACGGCAGCACGCAACAAGUCAGGAUGCUUGCCGAGAGGCCUACGUCACCACCUAGACAGCGCCAAAGCAAUCCUUCACCGGCGACAGUGUUGCAACAGCAACAGCAGCAACAACAACAACAACAGCAACACUGUAAUCACAGUAACGCGGCCACAGAACUGUCCAGAUUCUCGGAAAUGGUUCAGUUUAAACCAGCCAUAGGCGGAGGUACCGUGCUCGUGGUGAAUCUUCCGCCUCAAACAGGCUACGUCACACCGUCCUCGUCUACUCCCCAACCCACUUACGCCUCUGCCGGACACAGAAAUCAGCACGUUCAUCUUCCAGCAACAGCUGCCACCGCAUCCACGGCGUCAACGUUGCAUCCUGGAUCAUCCAGACAAUCCUCGCCACCUCUGACAGGCACUAUGGCCAGCACGGGAUCCUCCACUUAUGUGGAGCCAGUGAAUUACCAGAGCCUCGAUGGUACCCUUAUCUCUCAGGCGUCUUCCCAUCUGCAACAAUGGAGCGAGGGCCUCCAACCUACGCCUGGGCAGCCCAACGAAUGUUCAGUUUGCUAUGAAAGAAGCAUCGACAGUGUGCUGUACAUGUGCGGCCACAUGUGUAUGUGCUAUCCUUGCGCCACCCAACAGUGGCGCGGCAAAGGUGGCGGACAUUGCCCACUUUGUCGAGCGACCAUCAGGGACGUGAUCCGGAUCUACAGAUCCUGAACGAUGGCGCAGCCAAUCCGCGAAAGGAACGGUUCCAGGGGCUGAUGCCUGGCCAGCUCGCGUUAACUCGUCCUCUCGAAACAAGCAAACGCCGUUUUCAUCGUACAAUUCAUCGUACGCAACGUUUUGGUGUUCUCGUCUGUGGAGAAACUAUGCUUAGGAUAAAUAAUAUCUUCGAUAACGGACUUACGUAGAAGCGUCCAAUUAUUCUUCUGCUAAUUCUUCCGCAGAUUUGGUCCUAUAUUGAUGAGUAGUUUGAUUGUUACGAGAUUCUCAGGAUCUUAGAACUUUAGCAAACAAUGAGAAAAAAUGUAGAAAUGAUGUUUCGGAUGGAAAGAAGUGAUUUAAAAUUACGUUUGUUACUACCAAAUCGAUAUGUAAGACGAGAACAUAUGGAAUAUCUUCGUUGGAUCGUGAAGACGGGAAAGGUUCUGGUUCAUCGACGGUUUUGCUAUCCUCGUAAUAUCAAUGAGAUUUAUAUUGCUGAACUAUACAAGGUAUUCGCACGAAAUAGAUGGAAAAUUUAAAGGAUUCUAAAUACCGAAAAAAAAAAAAAUAAAAAUUGAUACGCAAAAAUAUCAAUCGAGGCUUAUUUAUUAAAGAGCAAUUUAAUUGUUUAUAAUUUAAUUGCUCUUAUUUAUUCUAAAUGAAGCGAAACGGUUCUAUCUUUGUUUCGUUUCAUUUAGUGCAAAAUUAUAUUUCUUGUAACUUGUAAAAAAAUAAGUUUCAACCGACAUCUUUGUAUAUCAAGUUUUAUUUGUUAUAUUUUGGUUUUUAGUAUUGCCUCUUAAAUCUUUUAUUUAUUUCGUACGCACACCGUAUACCAGUUUCAAACGAGAGACGUAAAGAUUCUGUGUACGCGUGUAUGCCUUUGAGCUUGACAGAGAAUAAAGGAAAUGAAUGAACGUAUGAAAGAUAGAAAAACGAAUGAGUGAGGAGAUUCAGAAAGAAAGAAAGAGAGUAACAUUAAUCUUAGAUAUUUUCACAAUCGAUAUUAUAUAUAAUAUUAUCGCUACCGUUAUUAUCAUUACAACUUACUGCUGUUACUAUUCUCAGCCUUUAGUUAUUAUUUUCAUUUGUAUGAUUAGUAAUAUUAUUCAUGAUUCAACAACGACAAUAGUCGUAAGUUAUUCUUAUAUGAGGAUAACUAUAUCGGCGAGUACCAUUAUUUUUUAUCACUGCAGGCGAAUAAAUCAUCGUAUCGACGAAAGUAUCGCCAUUUGUAUCCAACUUUAGUCGAGAUCGAUAUCGUAGCGUGACUUUUAUUUAAUGAUUUAAAAAAAUAUGCCUCGUGUGAUUAAUAAAACAGGCGCCUAGGGCGUGCGUAGGUUAGAUUUAUGUCGCUUUUAUACCCCUAUCUGGGUUUUAUGUUAUUCAUUUUCCUCCUUCGUCUUUUAAUUUGCUCUCGCAGAGUUGGAACGACCGCGUCAUAAUCGUGUCCUCGAGCUUGCAAAAAGACGCGCGAGCGCGUGUCCUUUCCUCGUUUGUUACUUUCGACAAUAACGCUUGGAUAUGUAUUUGUAACUUUGAAAUUAUUAGCGGUUCGAACGGUACCAUAAAUGGUGGUGUGUGUAUAAUCGACUGCUAUGUAUUACGUCGUACGUAUUACCAAAGAAACAACGCGACAUGAUUCCUCCCCGCUCUGUGUACGUUUUCAACAAACUCGUACGCAGCCUCUUUCAUGCAACCAGCCUUAAAAGGACGAUGGUUUUUGAUACGUUUUAGAAUUUAGCGUUACCGUUUUUCUACCAAGUUCGCGCGCCUCCAAUGCCACACAAAAAACGAACGUAGACUCGUUUCCGGCAAUUACAAUGCGCAGAUCGUAAUAAGAUGUUCAAAAUUUAUAUUGGACUAUGACACUGAUGCAUUAGUCUAAUUGUGGCGAUUGAGGUUUUCGAAUGUAAAUUAUGUUUUUUUGGAAAAGAAUUUUUGAUAUUUUGAAAAAUAUUAAAAAUAUAAAAAUAUAAUUCCAAAUAUUGAAGCAAACUUUCUUAUCUCAUAAUAAUUAAAAUUUUAAUUAAUAAUACUGAAGUUUAAUCAAUAUUGAAUUAAUUGUAUUAUAAACGUAUUAUAGUAUUGAAAAUUUCCAAAAAGAUACAGUUCAAGUUCGAAAACUUCGAGUAUUAAAAAAUCGAGGCAACAAAAGCCUAAAAUUGUUCAUAUACUAUUAAUUAUGGAAACGAUCCAACGAGACGUUACACAUAUCUUUAACUGCAAACCUCCGCGUUAUAUUCCUAACUUUAUUGAAACGACAAAAGUACAAGCAAAGUUACUAUACAUUAGAUUGCGUAGCGUUUUAAGAAUCAAUGUUUAGAGGCUUUUAUCAGUGUUGACGACUAAAAGGAAAUUAUUUGAGAAGCUCAAUAGUCAAGCAGACGUUAGUUUAUCAAACUUUUAUAUCUUCGAUAUCUAAAAAUAAUCUUAUAAUCCAACGCUAUAAUAGAAUAAUUAAGUUUCUAUGAUUCUUUUGAUUAUGAUAUCUAAUCUCUCUCGACCAUUGAGUUUCUCACUUGUUAUGGACUAAAAAUAAUUUAUAGAAUUUUGUAGCGUCUCGUAUGAUCAUUCUAUUACUAUUUAAUGUCUCGAAUAUAUGUUUUGCGAUUGUAAUUUGUCUGGACGAGUAAUCACUGCCCCACGAGUUUGCAUUAUUUUGAUGCGGGCAAAAUAUGAAAUUGACUGGUCGUGAAAUGAUAACAAUAAUCUCAUUGCACGGUCAGUUGAACAUCAGAGGAUCAUCCUCCCCAUGUGAAAUCGCUUUAUUUUCGUACAGUAAUGAGACUCGCCAAAGGCGGCGACGUUUCUCUCUUCCACCCGGCUAUCAGACGUAAAAAAAAAAAGAAAAAAAAAAAGAAAAAAUCUUAACGACGAUGAGAGACGAACAUCCUCGAGGCCGUGCCUUAUAGACAUUUUACCGACAGUCGGCAUCUUGCGUCGUUUGACUCGCGUUGCUCGUCUGAGUUUUCUCCUAUCGAUCGACAGAGAUCGCCCUGGCCAGAAGUUCGUCUCCCGAUCAUUCGUUUUAGUGAUUGAGCUCUAUGCCUCCGCUCUGUUGAGCCUAGCGCACAAUUAUAGAAGUAUUUGAAAAAUUUGUGAGGAUAAAGAAACGAGCAACGCAGUGUGUAUAUUUUGAUUUGAUUUGAUUUCGUUUUUGAUUUAAGAAAUCGUUAGUAGUUGCGAGUAGAUUAUUUUUGUGAUGCGUUUGAAUAAGAUGAGAUUGAUGGAAAUUAAAAAUUAUAUUGAAUAGAAAAUGAAUUAUUUAUAGGAUUUGAAUUUUUUACUAUAACAUUACAUAAAAUUACAAAAGAUGAUGUAUUAUACUUUAUGCCUAAAAAUGAAUUGACAAUAAUCAAAUAUUAUUACUAUGAUUCUAUUCAAGAAAUAAAUAAUAUAUUAAGUUGUUGCGAAUUACGUAUUUAUGUAAUAUAUUUUAAGAUAUAAAAAUAUUACAUAUUUAUAUGGAUUUAAGUACUUAAAAAUAUUCUUACAUAAAAUAUAAAAAUAAAUUUUACAUAGCUUCAAAACACAACUGCCACUUUGCUAUUCUAGUCUUUACAGAAUUGAAAUGCAAAUUUUAUUAUUUUUUUAAAUUAUAAAUGAGAAAUCAAAUGGCAUUGCUAUUUGUAAUAAAAUUAAUUUCGAAUUUUUUAUUCCAAUGAUUUUAUAAAACAAACGCAUCAUAUAACAAAAAAUCUUUACUGCCUAUCACAUCAAUGUUCUAUGUGUUCAAUUAGACAAACUGUGCUUGCUCGUUCAACGAUUUUCACACUUAUGUGUACCGGCGAAAAAAAUGAUUUGCGUCAAACAUUUCUUCUCCUGGCAAACAAAUUGUUCAUAAGUGCAAAUUUGUUCGCGUGGAAAAGAAGUGUUCAUAAGAAUAUAUUUAAAAAAGAAAAGAAAAUGAAAAAUAAACAUUCGCUGGAAAGAGAAAGUAAGAGAUAAUGAUAGUAUGGAGAGAUAGAGAGAGAAGAGAAAGAGAUCACAAAAAUUGGGAUUGCGGUUCUUUGCCGUUCCCGAAGAUGCGAGAGCAAAGCGACAGAGAGAAAGAAAAGAGAGAGAUAGAGACAUAAAGAGUGAAAGAAGAAUAUUGUCGUGUCGGACAACGGAUGCGCAAUAAAGCAGUAGUGAAAUCUCUAGUCCAGCGAGCGGCAGCUUUAACUCGCCUGCCAAUCCAAAAAAGAAAUGAUGAGGUAAUGAUGAUGAUAAUGAUGAUGAUAAUUGUUGAAUUAAAAAGAGAAAGAGGUGAUCUUAAAAAAAAGCGAUUGAGUAUGAAAGAGAUAGAAAAUGAGAGAAUAAGAAAAGAUUAUGAAAGGUUAUGUAUAAGUGUAUUUGAUUAUGUAUGAAAGAAAGAAAGAUAGAGAGAGUGAGAGAGAUAGAGAAAGAGCGAGAGAGAAUGAACAGAAAUUUUAUAAAAUACAAAGUUUUAAAUGAAAAAAAUUUGCUAAUUAUUAUCGCGCGUGUCGAGCAAAACAUAAAAAAGUCACGUAACAUGCGUAACGAGAAUCUUUUUAUUAGGAUACUCUAUUUACGAUAGAAUCAUAAUAGCCGUAAUCGCGUUCGACUUCGAUGAAAAGUGACAAAGGCGAAACGUCGUUCUCCACGUUCAAUAUUCGCUCUUUCCGUUUCGCAUAUUAUCAAAAAAUUACAAAAGUAAAAAUGAAAAAAAAAAAAUUAAAUAAAUAAAAUGAAGAAAAAUAAAAAUUCUGUUCCAUUGAACGUAACCUACAAAAUAUACGAUCAAUGGUAAUUUUUUUAUAGAUGAACGAUAUUCUAGAUAUUAUAGAUACAUAUUGAUUAUUCUAAGGAUUGAAUGAACAGACGUUCUCGUUGAUGUCACCGCUUCAUUGUCGUCGUGUUGACAUUUAUUACCAUUUAUAUAUCGGUGUACCGAUCAAUCGAUGUUUUUUAUUUUCAUCAUCGUUAUUGUGGUUCUUCUCAUAUGCCUUACCCAACCAUCUCUCACCAUUUUUCAUACAAACAUAACAUUUUUUUUUUAUAUAAUAGACAUAUUCAAUCAAUAAGUUGGAAUUUCCUUUUUCGAUUGUCAUGCGAGGACACUUUUCUUUAUUUUUACUAUUAUUUUUAUUAUUAUUAUUGAUAUUAAUAUUAUUAUUAUUAUUUUUAUUAUUAUUAUUAUUAUUAUUAUUAAUAUUAUCAUGAGUUUUUUGUACCACUCGGCGAGAUACGCACGAAGAGCAAAUUUAAAAGCGUAUGUGUCAGGAAUGAAAACGAUUCGAGACGCGCGCGCGCGCGUUUUCAUAUCAUGUUACACCGAGUGUAUUAUCUGUUACAUCGCAGUUUGGAUAAAAAAGAAAAAAAUAUGUCACCUUUUCCCUUCCCUCAAGAUUGAAAGAUGAUUCUAUGUGCGAUAAGAGUUUUCUGUAACUGUAAAGCUGUCGAUUACGAAUUUAUACAUAUGUAAUAUAAUUCGUGUAGCCGCGUGCUGUCCUACACAAUAAAAAGCCUGUAAUAUCUAUGAA